ACAUGGUUACACAACUACAAAUCGGUCACCAUUACUGCUUUCACCCUCGCCAAGCUACUAACACUUCCUGCAUAAUACCAACCUACCCCGACACAUUUGUCUGCUUAAAAUUUACGAGAAUGGUACAUGUAAUACACCAUGACGUGAUUUUGACUUCACACAUCGUCCAAGGAGUAAUGAGAUUUUAAUUUGCCGCUUUCUUGAAAGUAUACUCCACCUCGGCAGUGGGGGAUCCUAUCCCGGUCAUGGAGGUUGGUCCCGAGGUCGACGCCCAUGAUGAUGGUGAUAACCAACAUGACCCAAAAACUAAGAAAAAUGAAGGAAGGAAUGAGAAAGAUGAACAAAACAAGGAGAAAACAACUGGCUUUUUGCAUAGCUAUGCUCGGUUCCUUGUUCGAUUUCCCUCGAUUGUCCUCCUUCUUGUUCUCCUCUGCGUCGUUGCAACAGGAGUCCUAGCGGUGUUUUUCAGCCCGGUACCUUCAUUUUCUGAUCCAACAGAGGGGUUCCAAGCUCGAGGGACUGUUAUUAGCGGACGACUUUGGGCCUAUCAACGAAUGACAGAGGAAACGCAGUUGUUUUCUCCUAACCCAUCAGCGGCCAGUUCGAAUAUCAGUCGACGCAGUCUUUCAGAGACCUCGAGAUCUCGAGAGGAAAGAGAUGUUGGCAACGAUACAAUACUACAUGUUGAAACAUGCGGUGCUUAUCUUUCCAGUCGUCUUCGGAUGUUGUAUCGAGCCUCUGGCUCUUUAGAAAUGUUUACCGCUGACGUCAUGAAAGCUGUUUGUCAACACGACACUGUCAACUUUCGUAGUCAGAACAUCUUCAACCAAUCGUGCGGCUUGUAUAAUUCGACGGGGGACUGCUGUCCAACCUGGUCAAUGGGAUACAUGGUAGCCCUGAUCGCUGGCAAGGAUUCUUGCGAUGAUAUCAACGAAGGAGAUUUGGAAACCACAAGGACAUUGUUACACGAAUGCAUUCAGUAUUAUACUACAGGAUGUCUUGAGGGCGGCGCCACUUGCCAAAAUGUGCCUGCCAAUUGCACAGAGCUAGGCAGCAUUCAUACAAUACUUCAUUAUCUAACACCUAGUUAUUUCGCUGAAAAUGUAGAAAACGACAAUUAUGACUUGGAAGUAGCGCUUGUCCUUUCUCCUCUUUGGUCGUACCAUGACGACACAUUUAACUUCUAUGAAAUGCACAUGGGGACAUCAUCAUUGAAAAGUAAUGUUCUUGAGAUCAUAGCAAUUGGUUCUGGUAUAAAGUUUGAUGUGUUUGACCAAUUCGUGUUCUCCGACUCGGUUUUUAUUGCCAUUGGUUGUGUCAGUGUGAUAUUUAUAAUCUGGGUUUAUGUCGGUUCAAUUUUCGUAACUGCUAUGACGAUGGUAAGCAUUAUCCUGUCUAUGGUUGUCGCUUUCUUUCUUUAUCACGUCAUAUAUAGAAUUCCGUUUUUUCCCUUCAUCAAUGUCAUAACUGCUAUUCUUAUCAUUGGAAUCGGCGCUGAUGACUGUUUUGUCUAUGUAGAUAUCUGGAAGGCCACAAAGAAAGAGAUAGGUGGAGGUAGGGAUAACCUUCUUCCUAUCCUCAUUGAAACAGUGAAACAUGCCUCGAUCACCAUGUUUGUGACCAGUCUAACAACAUCAUCUGCUCUUUUUGCGGGAGUUGUCAGUACAAUCACAGCACUGCGGUGCUUCUCAGUAUUUGCUGGAAGUGCUAUCUUGGUCAAUUUUGUCCUGACGUUGACAUGGAUACCUGCAGCAGUUAUGAUUCACGAAAAGUACUUUCUAUGGGAGGAAGACGAGCCGUCAUCGUGUAGGUGCUGUGGUUGUUGGUAUGCAGUAGGACGGUUUUAUGAUCGAAUUGCUAACAUUGGCAGGGAGUUCUUUGAAGAUUACUUACCGAUUAUAAUAACUAAAUUACGUUUCUUUUGGAUUAUUGUCUUGAGCGCUUUCGGCAUCGGAGGUUUCUGUGUUGUUUUUGUGGCUCCAAGAUUACGUCUACCUUCUCAAUCAGAAUUCCAAGUAUUCAGAACAAGUAACAUUUUUGAGCAAUACGAUCAAAUCUAUAAAGGAAGGUUUAGUUUUGAAAAAGAUUCAGCGAGGCUGAUGCCGGCAAUCAUUGUUUGGGGAGUAAAACCUCUUGACAAUGGGAAUCUUUGGAGUGCUGAUGGAGAAGGAACUACGGUGUUGGAUGAAACGUUUGACGUGACGUCUCCUGAAGCACAACAGUGGUUGUAUGAUCUGUGCAUAGAUUUUAAGAAUUCAAGUUUCCAUGACACCAGCGCGGGUUCAGGAGACGAAUUUUGUUUUAUUGAUGCAUUUCGGAGUUUUAUGGAGGAUAAUACAUGUAUAAAUCCUUCGACAGGCGGGGAUCUGGGUCAAUGCUGUAACCAAUCUUCAUUUCCAUAUCCUAGUGAUGUAUUCAGCCAAUGUGCAAUUACUUUCAGUGAGAUACAAUGUCAACUCUAUGGUUGUGAAUCGAAUGCUCCUGGAUUACGUUAUAAUUCUGAUCAGGACAUGGUUGCAAUGUAUAUUUACUUACAAACAAACAUCAAAGAAUCGCAGGAUUUCAAUGCUAUGAAUCAAUUCUGGGAAGAUGUUAAUGACUGGGUAGAAGAAAGAAUAAGCUCAGCUCCGACAGGCAUGCAAACAGGCUGGUUUAUAAGUGUCGGUGAUUAUCAGAUGUCUUUCUUUGACCUUCAAAGAGGCCUCGCAACUGGUGCACCUCUCUCGGUCGGUAUAUCACUAGCGGUUGCUGCUUGCGUUCUUCUUUUAGCAAUAAGGAACAUCUUGGUGACGUUAUAUGCCAUCUAUUCUAUUGCUUGUGCUGUUUUUGUUGUCAUUGCUUCUGUCGUUCUUAUGGGAUGGGAACUUAAUAUAUUUGAAUCUGUUGUUCUGUCCCUUGCUGUUGGUCUUUCAGUUGAUUUUACGAUCCAUUUAGGCGUUGCUUAUCGUCAGUCUACUGCAUUUGAUCGUGAGUCACGAUCAAUGUAUGCCCUUCGAUCACUCGGUGCUGCCAUUACGCUGGCGGCCAUCAGUACCUUCAUAGCAGGCGCCUGUAUGUUACCUGCCACAGUUCUUAGCUAUGUUCAGCUUGGGACUUUUCUUACACUUGUCAUGGCAAUCAGUUGGGUCUAUGGAAUAUUCCUAUUUGUAUCGCUAUGUAGGACGAUAGGACCAGAGGGUACGUUUGCCCAAAUAUCGCGGUCCUGUUGUCGACGUAACCCUCGUGUCACACCUGAGGGGGAGGGACACGUUGAUGAAUACUCGGUUAAGCCAGUCCAGAAGGGUGUUUCGAUGGGUAGCCACACGGAUGUUAUGUCAGUUACCUCUUUGCCUAAUGAAAAUUCUAACUGAAACUGCUGCGUAAUGGAAGCCAGUCAAAAUUAGUCAAUAAACCGACGAAGUGUGUGCGUGUAUGUGUGUGUGGCCUAGGCCUCUUAGAACCGAUAGUUUUCUUUAUCAUUAUUUUUCGUAAAUAUAUCUAGAAGGCAAAUCAUAGAAACAAGUUAUUUACAGUCUUAGAGGAAUCGCAAAAAAGAACAAAUCAUGGAAGUUAUGAAUUUUUAAAAAAUAGAUGGCUAAUGAUAUGUGCUCAUUUGGUCACGGUUUAUACACUUGACUUCUCCUCAACUAGGUGUUUAUAAAAUAAUGAUUAUGCAGAGUAUGUAACCUUGAAAUUCAGAAAAAAGGGAUUUUAUUAAUGCAAUCGUUCUAUGACACAACGAAUGGAAUCCCUUGCUAUAUGACUUCACACACGAUUCCGUUUCUUAAAUUUUCUGCUUGUAUUUGUGUGUUUAUUUGUUUGUUUGUUUAUUUGCUUGUCUUAGCCCAGUGAUAUACACCUAUUUUUUUUUAGAUCAAAUGUUUGCAGCCAGUAGUUUAAUGUUAACCAAAAGUAAACGUAAGCACAAAAGUUAUUUCUUUACUCGUCUUUAUUUUACUCUUUACUUAUCGCUUUACUUCCAGUCAGAAUAAACCUGUUCCUCGUUAAUUACUGCUGAAUCUAUCACUGAAUGUAUUUACAUUGUUUAUCAGUUCGCUCUUCCAAAUACUUUCAUGAUAAACGUAGUGUUUAUAUCAAAUACUAUAGACUGAAUUUGGAGGCUUUUGAUUGUGCAUAUAAUUUUCCCCCUAAAAUUCCUGGGAAAAUGAAGUUAACUAAACGCACGAAGACAUAUAAUCAUCAACGAAUAAGAAUCUUUGAUAUUUUCUUCCACGAUGAGUUCGUUUUUCUCGAUUAUCUUCGGAAGAGCUUGGGUUGGUUUGUCAUAAUAUUCCAAUCAUGAACUUAGGUUAGGUACACUGAUAUUCGGGAAAAAAUACAUAAUUCUGUGAAAAGAUCGAGAAUAUUUAAUGUUUUUUAUCAUAAUUUUGCAAUAUCUCAGUUUUCCCAUUGGCAAAAAAGAAAUCUUUUGCACGAUAUAUAAUAUCUUCUUUUAUGUCUAUGGCUUUGUAAUUUAAGUGAUUUUUAUAUACACAGUAUUAUAUAUACAGUUUAUUUGAUAAACUAAAAUACAGAUGUAUAUUUAUAAUUAAGGAUUUUAUAUUUAUGAUAAUCAAAUUACAUUGAAAUUGUAUUACAGUUUCAUCAAAUAAAGUUUUUAUGGUUGUGACAUUGAUACUACGUCAUUAUUUUUCCUUAUCUAAAACAUAAAUUAUUAAAAUGUAUUUUUGGAUUUUUUUUAAUGAAAUUACAUUGAAAUUUGUAUUACAGUUUCAUCAAAUAAAGUUUUUAUGGUUGUGACAUUGA